AUGUCCGUAAUACCUCCGCUAGCCUCGCCGUCACCCCUCUCUGCUAAUCCGUCACAGGGUGCCUUACUAAACAGAGCUAAGGACUCGUCCAGUCCCUCCAACACCACCACAAACACAACCACAACCUCAAACACAGCCUCAAGCUCUGGUAAAACUCAGACUGUAUUCAUCCAUAAGCUCUACGAUAUGCUCCACGACGAGUCCAUCUCCCAUCUCAUCUGGUGGUCGCCCUCGGAAGACUCCUUCUACUUACUUCCAGGAGAAGAGUUCAGUAAAGUGUUGGCUCAAUACUUCAAACAUACCAAUAUAGCCUCCUUCAUUAGACAACUUAAUAUGUAUGGUUUUCAUAAAGUUAAUGACACCUUCCAAACCAAUCUGGCAGAGGAUGCUCCUGCCUCGGCUCCAGGAACUCCUCCGGCCGAUCAGCCGGAAGGUACCACCAAUUCCACAACAACAACCACAAAUUCUACUAAAUGGGAAUUCAAACACUCCACCAAUCAAUUCCGCAAGGGGGACAUCGACUCCCUAAAGCUCAUCAAACGUAGAUCGUCCAAGAACAUUAACUCCCAUAAGGAGAUUGUCAAUUUGAAGUCUUUACCUCCGACUUCAAACCCCAUGCUUCUAAACCCCAACUAUCCCUAUCAGUAUGCACCAGGCCCUCCUCCGCCGCCCGGUCUUCAUCAUCAUCAUGUACACAUGACACCGUACAGUGAUGAUGAACUGUCGAACUUGAGUCGUCAUGGCUCCUCCGAUAGUCUUCAUCAGCAGUACCACCAAUCACUCCAACUCCAUCAGCAUUCCCUCCUUCUCAACCCAUCUAAUUCCGCCAACCCUAUGCCAAACCAGGCCCCUUCCUCUGCAUUAUCCACUCCCUUACAUCCACCCUCAGCUCCGCAUACUCCAACCCCUCAUCAACUUCAAGUACCGGUUCCACAUUCGCCUCAUCAUCUUCUUGGCCCACUUCAACCACAAUCACCUUCUGGCAAACCGGCUUUGGUGUCCAACCCCUCGUUUGAGAACUCCGUCAACUUCAAAUUCAUCGAAUUGAAUAAUCAGGUUAACUACCUCAAAGCCGAACUCACCCUGGUCAACCACCGCUACGAACUGCUCCAUCAGGAAGUCAUCCGCAACCAGUCCGAUAUCGUCCAACUCUUGGAUGUGGUGGAGAGUUACUUGACUCGCCUGGACGUUAAGCCAGAAGACGAUCGUCUGGCCCAUAAUAAGACACCGCUCAAACAGGAGGAACCCGUCCGAACCCUUCAAAGUGAUAUAGCCUCCUUCCGUUCACUCCUUCUUCAAAGGAUCCGCACAAUGAGUAACUCCAGCGUAUCCCAUAACCAUGGCUCCCAGUCGUCGGCCUCAGCCUAUCACCUCAACGAUACCAAAGCGGCCAAUUCCAGAAACCCAUCCAAUUCCAAUAUCCAUAUCGUGCCUCAACAUUAUCCUUUGAAUCCUCACUACACCAUCUACAGUAAUCCCAAUGAUGUACCGACCUUCCGGAAAUUCCCGGCCGCCGCCGCUACUGGCUCCACGUCCAAUCCUGAUGAAUCAGUCACUUCUACUUCUUCUACUGGUGGUGCUGCUUCAACAUCAGUGGCAUUAUCAUCAUCAUCGGCCGCGGGCGCUACCACGGCCGCUACCAACCAGGCCGCCCCUGUCGGACGCCAUUUAUCGAUCCUUAUGGAUCCCCUUCAACCAAUUCCAUCUCGCAGCAUUAAGCCUGUGUUUGAUGAACAUCAUCAGCAACCGGCCGCCAACUUCAGGCUCCGGGCGGAGUCUAAGAGUUACAGUCCGUUGACAGUAGGAGGCUCCUCCGCCAACGCUACGGCCCUCCAGUCAUCUCCGCAACAAUCCUCCAACCGUUCAUCGUACGGGAACCUUAAUGACACCAAACGGUCCUCGAGCUUAGUGAGUAACAGCAACAGUAUCAAUACGCCCGAUUCCAAGCUUCCUCCGGCCACUCCGAACCAGCUGUAUCCGUUCCCCAAUAUGGUACCUGAUCAUUUACCUCCGCCGCUCUUACCUCCGUCCAGUACAAGAACUCAUUCAUUACCCACACCUCAUGUGGAAGGUACCAGUGCCACGCCGCCCAGCUCGGUGCCUCCGUACUAUAACCAACGCAACUCGUUCACUUCCAUCUAUGAUCACUUACCUGCGUCGUCGGCCACGUCCGCUCCGGCUGCUCCCAACCAGCUCCCCUCGGUGAGCGAGUUGGAUAAGUCCAUCAAGACCACCACCAACAACACCAACAACACCAACAACAGUAUCAAUAAGCCUAGCCUCUCGGCUAGUCCCAGUUCUACAUCACUUCCGUCGAUGGCGACUCUUCUACAACCGGAUCGUGAGCGCGAGGAUGUCGACGAUGAGACCCGCAAGAAGCGCAAGUUGCUCAAUUAG